ACCAACCCUAACAAGGAAUCAUACUACUAGACCAUCAAGCCUAUGCACGUGGUUGAGAGAUGCCAUACAAAGGAAGACUGUCUGCAGGAAUACCAAGAAUCAACAUCUCUUCCUCUCUUACGAUCUGGAUCCUGGCGGGCCAUGACAUCCACUGUACAGUCGGCGCAGGCCGAUGUCUUGUCGCAGAUUUUCCAAGGACUGAAGAAUAAGAGUCAUGAAGUACGACUGGAGUCUUCUGUCAACUUGCGUCGAUAUGUUGCCACUACUGUUGCCGAAAUGACACCUGAUGCUGCAGCCAAGCUAUGGGACGACAACAUCAAUCGAAGGCUUUUCGAUCUCAUGCAUAGCCAGAAUACAACGGAAAAUUUUGGUGGACUCUUGGCUAUAGAUCAUCUCCUUGAAAUUACUAGUGGGGAAACCAUUGAGUCCAAGCGCAACUUAUUUCGAUUCUACAACUAUGUCAAGCAUCUCCUUCCCCACUCAGACGUCAACCUCAUGUUAGUGGCGUCCAAGACCCUAGGACAGAUAGCACACAUUGGCGGUUCUGCUUUUGGAGACCGGUUUAUGGAUUAUGAAGUUCCCGCUGCAAUCGAACUGAUGCAGCCGGAGAAACAGGAAUCACCUCGAUACGCCGGCGUCUUAAUCUUGAAGGAGCUCGCUCGAAACAGCCCCGGAUAUUUCCAUUCUCACAUAAGCCUUGUGUUUGAAAACAUAGUCGUCGCUCUGCGAGAUCAGCGCGUUAAUGUCAGGGAGGGCGCUGCAGAACUGCUGGCAGCUUGCUUAGAAAUUGUCGUACAGCGGGAGCGUCAAAGUCGGAACACCUAUCUGAACGGAAUUUUAACGGAGGCUCAGGCAGGAUUGAGGAUGCCACAACCAGAGAUCAUACAUGGCUCGCUACUUACGUACAGAGAACUUCUUUUGCAUGCUGGGAUGUUUAUGAAGGAAACUUUUAUGGAUACGGCGGAGAAAAUUCUCCGAUUCCGAACCCAUCGAGACAGUCUCGUUCGCAAACAAGUUAUUGCGAUGAUACCAUCUCUAGCCGCCUAUGAUACGCAAACUUUCAAGGAUAAUUAUCUCCAUAAAUCCAUGAGUCAUCUUUUGACACAGCUCGAAAAGCCUCACGAAAGACAUUUUGCCUUCAUUGCUAUCGGACAUACGGCCACUGCCAUAGGUAGUGAUAUCAAACCGUUUUUGGACUCGAUCAUGAUGCAUAUCAAAGCUGGAUUACAGAAUAGAGGGAGGAAGAACACAACAUCAGAAGAACCUAUAUUCCAAUGCAUCGGUAUGCUUGCUGUGGCAGUGGGACCUCAUUUAACCAAGUUGCUGCACGACCAACUCGACCUUAUGUUUGCCGCCGGACUUAGCGAACCACUCUGUCAAGCGUUGGCAGCUAUAGUGCAUUACAUUUCUCCUCUUCUAAGCACUAUACAGGAUAAGCUAUUGGAUUUGUUGUCGAUGAUUCUCAGCGGACAGCCAUACAAACCUCUGGGUGCUCCGUCGACGCUGGCCAGAAAUGAAGUUUCUACCGUCAACAGAGAGCUAAAUGCACAGGCUGCUGCCAACGACAAGAGUCCGGAGAUAAUCACAUUGGCUCUCACGACACUCGGUUCUUUUGACUUCACAGGGCACUUGUUGAAUGAAUUCGUUCGUCAAUGUGCACUGCCGUAUCUUGAGGACGAUAAUGCGGACGUACGACGUGCCGCCGCUUUAACCUGCUGUCGUCUUUUCGUGAGGGACCCUAUUUGCUACCAGUCCAGUAGCCAUGCCAUCGAGAUUAUUAGCGACGUUUUAGACAAAUUAUUGACGGUAGGCAUAGCUGACCCAGACCCGUCAAUCAGGCAGACCGUACUUUCCUCACUCCACGAGCGCUUUGACAAACAUCUAGCCCAGGCAGAAAAUGUGCGGUCUUUGUUCAUAGCCCUAAACGAUGAAGAGUUCGAGAAUCGUAUAAUUGCGGUCUCGUUGAUCGGGCGACUCGCGAAGCACAACCCGGCUUAUGUGGUUCCCUCGCUGCGUAAAGCACUUAUUCAGCUCUUAACUGAGCUGGAAUACACGACUGUCGUUCGCAAUCGUGAGGAAUGUACUCGGCUGCUUUCGUUGCUGAUCAGCGCUACUCAGCGUCUUAUCAAACCCUACGCUAUACCCAUUCUAGUUGUCUUGUUGAAAAAAGCCAAUGACUCCAAUCCUGCGGCGGCAUCCAAUGUCUUGAUGUGCUUGGGCGAGCUUGCGUGCGUCGCGGGGGAGGAAACAAUGGACCAUAUUGGAGACAUCAUGGAGGUCUUGACGGCGAAGCUAUCUGACCCGUCACUUAUCGAACGAGACGCUGCUCUUCACACUCUCGGACAAGUCUGCUCUAGCACCGGCUACGUCAUUGACCCGCUUGUCGACUACCCGCAGUUACUUCCGCUUCUGGGGAAAAUUUUAAAGUCGGAAAGUUCACAGGCUGUCCGCCGGGAAGUGGUGAAAGUAUUGGGUAUUCUUGGAGCUGUUGAUCCGUACAGACGGAAGGAGCAGGGAAGUUCAGUUGAAGAUGCGUCUAGUGAAACGCUGAUCACCGCGGUCAAUCAAGUCCCCAUAAACCAAACUCCGACCAUGGUAACCGACGACUACUAUCAAAAUGUGGUCAUCAACGCGCUGUUGGCCAUUUUGAAGGACCAGUCUCUCAGUACACACCAUCAUACGGCGAUUGAAGCCGUCAUGUCCAUCUUCAAAACUCAGGGUCUGAAAUGCGCAUCUUUCUUGCCGCAGAUCAUCCCCGCGUUUGCGACGGUGACAAAACACUCCGCUGCUCGCCUACAAGAAUUCCACUUGCAACAGCUGACAAUUUUAGUUGGCAUCAUCAAGCAGCAUAUACGCAACUAUAUGCAGAUCAUCCUCAACCUCAUCAGAGAUAUAUGGGAGAACGCUGCACUUCAGCUUCCGAUAGUGUCCCUCAUCGAAGCCUUGAGCAAGGCAUUGAAUGCUGAGUUCAAACCGUUCUUACCUUCUGUACUUCCGCUGGUCCUAAAGGUGUUCGACGGAGAGCUUAACGAUAAGAGAACCAAUACUCAGAUGAAGAUCUUCGACGCCUUUCAGACUUUUGGUGCGAAUAUCGAGGAGUACCUCCAUCUCAUAAUCCCUCUCAUUGUUAAGUCUUACGACCGCCUGGAUGGAACAAUGCCCCUUCGUAAGAAAGCCAUCCAGACCAUCGAUGGUUUAUCAAAGCGUGUCAAUUUUUCCGACCACGCCUCGCGGAUAAUCCUCCCUCUAGUUCGCGUCUUGGAAGGCUCUCAGAAUGAGCUGCGGCUUGCGGUCAUGGAUACCUUAUGCUCACUUUGCAUUCAAUUGGGCUCAGAUUUUGCUAUCUUUGUACCUACCAUCAACAAGGCUCUCGUUCGAAAUCGUAUCCCACAUAUCAAGUACGAGAACUUGAUUACCAAACUUCUCAACGGUGAACAGCUGCCUCAGGAACCUGGAGUACUAGAAUUACUGUCAAUCGAGAACGCGAAGUCGGCCGAGUACUCUGUUCCUGCGGCUGAAGCUGCCAAGCUGACAGUAAACCAACAACAUUUGAAGACCGCUUGGGAUACUUCUCAAACCAGCACCCGGGACGAUUGGCUUGAUUGGAUUCACCGCCUCACCGUUGAACUCAUGAAGGAAUCCCCGUCGCAUGCUCUUCGUGCCUGUAUGAGUCUCGUCGAUAUUCAUACCCCUCUUGCUAAGGAAUUAUUCAACCCGGCAUUCCUAUCGUGCUGGGGAGAGCUCUAUGAUCAAUAUCAGGAGGAUCUCGUGCGAUCAGUCGAGACAGCUUUGACGUCAGGUACCGCGCCUUCUGAAUUGAUACACCGUUUACUCGGACUCGCAGAAUUUAUGGAACACGAAGAAAAGCCUUUGCCCAUAGAACACAAAAUUCUGGGGGAAUGCGCACUGAAGAACUUGGCUUACGCCAAGGCUCUCCACUACAAGGAGCUCGAAUUCUUUUCCGAAGCGUCGCCUGCUACUAUCGAGGCGCUUAUCUCUAUCAAUACUCGUCUUCAGCAACACGAUGCUGCUUGGGGGACGUUGGUCAUGGCUCAUGAGCAUUAUGAUGUUAGCAAACAAGAGGAAUGGUAUGAAAGGCUUGGAAGAUGGCAAGAGGCACUGGGUGUCUAUGAUCAGAAGGCAAAGCUGGAUCCUUCUUCCGCUGAUGUUCAGAUUGGUCGAAUGAAGUGUCUGCAUGCAUUGGGCGACUGGGAUCAGUUGGCGACCCAGGUCGACGAGAUUUGGGCCAAUGCCAGCGCCGAGGAUCGCCGUGAAAUUGCGCCCAUAGCUGCUGCUGCUGCAUGGUCCCUGAAUGAAUGGGAUUCCAUGGAGGAUUAUAUUGCUACCAUGAAGUCUGAUUCUACAGAUCGUGCCUUCUACCGUGCUAUCCUGUCUGUACAUCAGAACCAGUUCCCGAAAGCCUUGCUGCAUGUUGCCAAAGCUCGUGAUCUUCUAGAUCCCGAGUUGACCUCCUUUGUUGGCGAAGGCUAUGGUCGGUCUUACAAUGUUAUGGUUCGCGCUCAAAUGCUUUCCGAGUUGGAGGAGAUCAUCGCCUACAAACAGUAUGCCGAUCAGCCUGAGCGGCAACAAACUAUGCGUAAGACGUGGAUAAAACGGCUACAAGGAUGUCAACAUGACGUGGAGGUCUGGCAACGAAUACUUCAAGUCCGAACCUUAGUUCUGAAUCCUGAGGACGACCCUGUAAUGUGGAUCAAGUUUGCGAACUUAUGUCGCCAGCAGGAUCGUAUGGCCCUGGCUGAGAAGACGAUCAGUGCCUUGUUGGCGCCUCACGCUACUGACCUUCACAAUCCUCGUGAUCAGCGCAUGAAGGCCCCGCCCAACGUGAUAUAUGCUCAGCUCAAGUUCCUGUGGGCGGCUGGGUCCAAAGACAGCAGUCUCGCUUUCCUUCGUCAAUUCUCAAACAACCUCGCUCGCGACCUACAAGCCGAUGAUGGUCAUGCUCAUCCCUGGGUUACCAGGCAAAGGAAGAGUCAAUUGUCCAAACUACUUGCACGUUGCUAUUUCAAACAAGGCCAGUGGCAAAUGAAAUCAAGUGAUGACUGGGUUUCGAAUGAUGCACAAGGCAUACUAAAUUGCUAUGUUAGUGCUACAUACCACGAUCCAGAGUGGUAUAAAGCUUGGCACACCUGGGCCUUGGCUAACUUGGAUGUUGUUACUUACAUGGAAAGCAGACCAGAGUAUCGUUUUGUUGACCAACCCCCACCUGCGCUCGCGGUGCAUGCUGUCAAUGCAAUAGAAGGUCUUUUCCGAUCGGUCACUUUGCGUAACACGGAUGCUCUGCAGGACACACUACGCAUUUUGACGCUAUGGUUCAAGUUUGGUGGACACCCAGAUGUUGCUCAAGUCAUCGCAGUAGGAUUUGCCAAAGUUGGAGUGGACAAUUGGCUGGAAGUGAUUCCACAGAUCAUUGCCAGAAUUCAAACACCUCACACUACAAUCCGCCGCCACAUCCAAAACGUCCUUCUCAUUAUUGGAAGGCACCACCCACAGGCUAUGAUCAAUCCCUUGACCGUGGCUUCGAAGUCCUCAAGCAAGGCGCGAUCGGAGGGUGCGAUCGGGAUCUUGGAGCAUCUCAAAGACCGCCACCCUGUUAUCGUCGCACAGGCUGUACUUGUGAGCCACGAAAUCAUACGGGUGGCUAUCCUCUGGAAUGAGCUAUGGCAUGAGGGUCUAGAAGAAGCCUCCCGUAUCUAUUUCACGGAAAAAAAUCCCGAAGGCAUGAUUGCCGCAUUAGAGCCGCUGCACCAACUCAUGGAAGAACCCGGCCCAACAACUGCUAGAGAGAUCUCGUUCAUUCAGACUUUUGGCAAGGAUCUGAGGGGAGCGCGCGAAGCAUGUCAGAGGUACCGUCAAUAUGGCGAUACUAGUGAUUUGGAUAAAGCCUGGGACAUUUAUUAUGCCGUUUUCAAGAAGAUUGAGAAACAGCUUCCUCAAUUGACUAGUCUCGACUUGCAAUAUGUUUCACCGAUUCUAUUGAAUGUUCGUGAUCUUGAGCUAGUGGUGCCAGGUACUUAUCAAUCUGGCCGUGAGAUUAUCAAGAUCUCUAGUUUCUCUCCCAAAUUGCCUGUUAUUGCUUCCAAACAACGGCCACGGCGGCUCACUUUACGGGGUUCGGACGGUAGGGAUUAUCAAUAUGUUUUGAAAGGUCACGAAGAUCUUCGACAAGAUGAACGAGUCAUGCAGUUGUUCAGUCUUGUCAACACGCUGUUAUCUGUGGAUACCAACAGCUAUAUGCGGCGUCUACAUAUCCAACGUUUCCCGGUCAUCCCUCUGGCACCUAACGCUGGUUUAUUGGGAUGGGUCCAAGGCAGCGACACUUUCCAUGUCCUUGUGCGCGAUUAUCGAGACUCUAGGAAAGUCCUUUUGAACAUUGAGUAUCGGUUGAUGCUACAGAUGGCGCCUGACUACGAAAAUCUCACACUUCUCCAGAAAGUGGAAGUCUUCGAGUAUGCGCUCGAAAACACAACCGGUCAGGACCUUUACAGAGUCUUAUGGCUGAAGAGUCGUGACUCGGAGCAUUGGUUGGAACGACGAGCUACCUACACCCGUUCACUGGCUGUCAAUUGUAUGGUUGGACACAUCCUGGGACUUGGGGAUCGACAUCCGUCAAACUUGCUACUCGAAAGAGACACCGGAAAAGUUGUCCACAUUGAUUUCGGUGACUGUUUCGAAGUUGCUAUGCAUCGCGAGAAAUUCCCAGAGAAAGUACCUUUCCGACUGACUAGAAUGCUUACACAUGCCAUGGAGGUGAGUGGCAUCGAGGGGAGCUUCAGAAACACUUGCGAAAUAGCUAUGCAAGUUCUGCGCGACAACAAGGAUUCAUUGAUGGCUGUCCUUGAGGCUUUCGUCUAUGACCCUCUCAUCAAUUGGCGUCUCAUGCAAGCGGAUGAUGUCAGAGGGCCACAAGAUGCUUCAAACGACAGCGAUCGUGCCGCCGAACUCGUCCAGUUGGCACAUACUACCGCGUAUGCUCAAGGUCCUAAGAGGAAGCUGAAGGCGGACGAGAAUGACAUAUUCAGUGACGGGCUUCUUGGCGUUCAGGAAGUUCGAAAUGAACGUGCACUGUUUGUAUACAAUCGUGUCCAAAACAAGUUGACAGGACGAGAUUUCAAUCCCGAUGUUUCCCUUUCGGCCAUUGAUCAAGUCGAUAAAUUGAUCAAGCAGGCUACAUCUUUGGAAAAUCUGUGUCAGCUCUUCUCAGGAUGGUGUGCUUUCUGGUAGCGUCGGUACUGAUUCAACGGACAUUUGUCAUCUACAGCCCUAUAUCCUAAUUGCCCUGUAACUUAUCCAUCUGUCGCAUAAUGUACUCUGUAGUCUCAUCGGUCUUUUCUACAACAAUUUGUAUAUCUUUGCACUACAAGUUCUACCUAUUGAGCCGUUGGACCUAGGAAGUAUCUCGCUUGGAAUUUGUAACGAUUGGCGGACAUCAGCAAACGAGCUAGGCUGGAGGGGUGAGUAAAUAGUUUAAAAGUUGAGAUCACAUCAAACAAGCCACCGUAGGAGGCAGAAUGGAGUAUCUUCUUCCUAACGAGACAUUGGUCACGAAAAGAGG